AUGGACCAAGCUGGAAGCUUCUUCGCGUCCAUAUACGCCCCCAGGCCCAUCUCAACGCCCGUAUUUGUAGCACAAGACCACCCCCUCACGAAGACCCAGCACGCCAACGCGCUGGCCACUCUGUACAGAGACAAAUCCACCCGCGCCACUGGAGCCCCUGUUAUGGUUCUUCCUCCGGUGCCUCAGGCUGACUACCCCCCUCUCACCAGAGGGGAGCUACUCCAGGCCAUCAGUGAGCUCAAUAAUGGAACAGCCCCGGGAGAGGACAAUAUCUACUGCGAGGAGCUCAAGGAGAUGGGCCGGGUAGGGCACGCCAUGCUCCUGCGACUCUUCAACCGCAGUCUCCGCAGUGGCAAGGUACCAAAGCAAUGGAGAAGAGGCAUCAUUAUCCCUCUGCUGAAACCGAAUAAACCAGCCUCGGAUCUGAGCUCGUUCCGUCCGGUUACCCUGACCAGCACACUAUGUAAACUGAUGGAACGCAUGAUAGCCAGGCGUCUUCGAGAUGCUGUGGAACACAAACUUCAACCUCAGCAGUCGGGGUUUCGUCAACAGCACUCCACGCUCGACACUCUGGCCAUGGUGAUUGCCGCGCUACGACGCGAUGACCCCGAAGAGAGGACGGCGGCGGUAUUCAUCGAUUACGCCAGAGCCUUUGACUCCGUGGAUCAUGGCUGCAUCAUGCAAGCACUACAGUCUUUUGGUAUCUCUCCGGUUCUCCAACGGUGGAUUGGCUCUUUUCUGGGUGGCCGAACUGCACGAGUGCGUGUCAACAACACCUACUCCAGGGACGUGAAGCUCACAUGUGGUGUUCCUCAGGGUUCUGUACUAGGCCCACUGCUCUUCAUCAUAGCAAUAGACUCCUUAAGUGUGCGACUCAAUGCAAUUCCCAAUCUCGCACACGGUUUCUUUGCG